GAGUGGCCGAAGCGGGGCGGGGCGGGGCGAGGCAAGUUUGCGCCCGGAGUUCGGAGCCCAGGAGCCCCCGCGGCCGCGGCGCAGGUGCCCUCCGCCUAGCUCGGGAUGGAGCUGCCUACCGUGAACUUGAAGACGAUCCUCCUGGUUCACUGGCUGCUGACGACCUGGGGCUGCAUAGCGUUCGAGGGCCCCUAUCCCUGGGCAAACUUCACCAUCCUGGCCUUGGGCGUGUGGGCCGUUGCUCAGAGGGACUCCAUCGACGCCAUAAGCCUGUUUCUGGGUGGCUUGGCGGCCACCAUCUUCCUGGACAUCGUCCACAUCAGCAUCUUCUACCAGCGGACCAGCUUCUCGGACACGGAGCGCUUUGGUGCCGGCAUGGCCAUCCUCAGCCUGCUCCUCAAGCCCUUGUCCUGCUGCUUCGUCUACCACAUGUACCGGGAGCGCGGGGGUGAGCUCCUGCUCCAUAUUGGUUUCCUCGGACCGUCACAGGAGCGCAGCGACUACCAGACGAUUGACUCACCAGAGGCGCCCGCAGACCCUUUCGGAGGCUCGGAGAGCAGGGGUCACGCCCCGCAAGGGUACUGAAGCCAGGCUGCUUUGCCGGGCCCCAGCCUGGGGCCAGUAUGACAGACUGUGGAGGUGGCUCAGGCUGCACCACCUUCCUUGCGCCUCGGAUGGUGUUCUAGAUGCCCCCCGCCCUGCCCACCUUGGACUGUGUUCUCCUGUUCCUCAUCUCAGGGGUUGCCUGAAUCAGGUGCCCUGAGUGGCCAGGAGCCCCAUGCAUACCUGUCCCAGACUCCCUGAGACCUCCUCUCCCUUCAGGGUAGCUCACUGGCCCGUGCCAGUAAAGCUGGGAACCUGGUCUCUCCUCACCCGCCCGUGCAGCCGCAGGCCGAGCUCCGCCUGGGCCAGGCCUUACCCACAGUUUGUUGAC